UGUUUCUUUUCUCCAGCUUUGGUGAUAUUUAAAUGAAAUGUUGCAGAAAGCAUUGACGUGUUGGGUGUUCUUUGUUUACACAAUGGCAGGGAUCUGUAAUUACAGAUAAUUGGCAUAGGGUAAAUGCUUAAGUGCCAAAUCACACAGUGCUUUGUGGGGUCACUGCUGUCAGCAUAAAGCAGCCCUUUCCACUAGGUGGCAGGAGUAGUCAGAAGAUUAUGACGCUUUCACAACGUUGUCCUCAUCACUCUUCCCACUAAGAUCCAGGGAAAAAGAGAGAAACACAUGGAAAGUUUUUGCAAACACAUCCAGGGUUGGAGGGUUUUUCUGUCUACAUGGCACAAACAAAAGAGCAGCUUCAGAUGUAGUUUGAGGAGCUGCUCUCAUCCAUGUGCCUGCUGCCUUGAACCUGCAGAUGAGAGGGGGCCACCAGCUCCUCUGCUUUGUCUCAGUCUUCCUCUUCAAACUCUGAGCAACACUUGCAGCUUUCCCCUUGGAUUACUGCAUCUGAAAACAUCAAUGGAGGAUUAACAGAGGAAUCUGCAAAAAGGAUUAAUCCUUUCUCCUUUUUUUUUGUCUGAUUGUUAUGAAAUUUUCUCUAAGUGGAAUGAUGUCUCAGCACUGGAGCAGGAGGCUCUGGUUCCCAGUGGUGUUUGGUGCCACGCUGGUUCUGCUCACUGCUGUGGAUGCUGGACCAAACCAGGGCAGGAGGCAGCCUCAGCAGUCCUCAUGCUUUGGAGGUUUUGAUCUCUACUUUGUCCUGGACAUAUCCGGAAGUGUGCAGAAUCACUGGAAUGAAAUCUACAGUUUUGUCGAACACCUGGCUCAUAAAUUCAUAAGCCCACAGUUGCGGAUGUCCUUCAUUGUGUUCUCCAACGAGGGACGGAUCUUGAUGAGGCUGACAGAAGACAGGGAACGUAUCCGUAAAGGCCUGGAGGAGCUCCAGGCAGUUCUUCCAGGAGGAGACACUUAUAUGCAUGAGGGCAUCCAGCGGGCCAGUGAGCAGAUUUACCAUGGAAACACAGAAGGUUACCGCACCGCCAGCGUCAUCAUAGCUCUGACUGAUGGAGAGCUGCUUGAGGACUUUUUCUUCUACGCAGAGAGGGAGGCAAACCGCUCCAGAAGUCUGGGUGCCACAGUUUACUGCGUUGGAGUCAAGGACUUCAAUGAGACACAGUUGGCGAAGAUUGCUGACAGCAAAGACCACGUCUUUCCUGUAAAUGGUGGAUUUGAGGCCUUGCAAGGAGUCAUAGACUCGAUUCUGAAGAAGUCCUGCAUCGAGAUUCUGGCAGCAGAGCCUUCCAGCAUAUGUGCAGGAGAGUCAUUCCAGGUUGUGGUAACAGGAAAUGGGUUCCUCCAUGCCAGAAACGUCGACAAAGUUCUGUGCAGCUUCCGGAUCAACGACACUGUGACCAAGAUGAUGAAGCCUCUAACUGUUGAGGACACAUAUCUCCUCUGCCCCGCCCCAGUCCUUCAGGAGGAGGGGAUGGCAGCGAAUCUGGAUGUCAGUAUGAACGAGGGCCUCAGUUUCAUCUCCAGUUCGGUCACCAUCACCACUGUGAAAUGUUCUGACGGGACCAUCCUGGCCAUAGCUCUGCUUAUCCUCAUGCUGCUCCUGGUUCUGGCUCUCCUCUGGUGGUUCUGGCCUCUCUGCUGCACCGUGAUUAUUCACGAACCGCCACCGCCACCUGUGGAGGAAAGCUCGGACGACGAGGACUUUGAAACCCCAAAGAAAAAAUGGCCAACCGUAGAUGCCUCCUACUACGGAGGAAGAGGAGUGGGGGGGAUCAAAAGGAUGGAGGUCCGCUGGGGAGAGAAAGGCUCCACGGAAGAAGGAGCGAAGCUGGAGAAAGCCAAGAAUGCCAAAGUGAAGAUGCCGGAGCAGGAGUACGAGCUGCCGGCCACUCGGGUUCUCAACAACGGCAUGCAGAAACCUCCGCCGCCACACAAGUGGUACUCACCCAUUAAGAGCAAACUCGACGCCCUGUGGGUUCUGCUGAAAAAAGGCUACGACCGCGUGUCUGUGAUGAGACCUCAUCCAGGAGACAAGCGGCAACAUAAAGAGCUGAUGCUGCCUCCACGAUUUCACAGUCGAGAAGGGACUGAGUGCAGAGAAGCACAGAAGACCUCAAUUACUCCCUGUGAAAGCAUAUGCAGGGCAUGGCUAACACAUUCCAGAUGUCAAUAUGUUGCAUUAAUGUCGCAUGCUGGAAUGAAGUGAUCUACCCUGGAAAAUAUUAGACUCCAUUUAAUCCCCAGGAAAUGUGGACAAACUGCAGAAAAAAAAAGAAAGAAAAAAAAAAGCACUUGUCUUUUUGGGUUUUGGAGCUGGACUUUCUUCUGCUGAUCUCCUCUAUGCAUCACUGCAGUCAUGUAGCAGCAAUUCAUACAAAACGAGCCCCAAACAGUUAUUGAGAGCAUAUGCUGUGCAGUACUUAAAUACAAUUUGCUCUAGGCUGACAUUCCGUGUUAAAAGUAAUUUGUAAUAUUCAAAUUUCCAUGAGCUGUAGUUGCAAUCAUCAAAAUGAAGUGAAAUAAGCUCUAAGCUACAUCACUGCUGUGUGUCUCGUCAAUAUAACGAGCUUCACUUUUGGAAUUGAAUUACUGUCAAAGGUCUGCUUUUCGCUGAUGUGACUUACUGAGAUGCAGCUGUAGCCUGAAUAAGUUAAGGACGAUAUAAAACCACCUGUGUCCAUUUACUCGGUUAAUUGCUGUGCCGCUUGUAUCCUCUGGCUGGUGAAGAAGGGCCUGCACGCCGAGCUGCUUCACACAAUGACAUUUGUCCACGAAAAACUACCCUUUGUUGGAGAACUGAAACCAUUUCUGCUCAGACUUAUGGCUGACUUCUACAGCUGCUCUGCGGUCGCAUGUGAAACCGUUAUAAUGCUGUGCAUGUGCAGUGAAAUCUUCCUGAAAACUGCGCUCGUCGUCACCAACAGCGUGGCCUUUUACCUGAAAGUCAUGCUGAAGCUGAACGCAUUCCUCCGGCUGGCGCUGUCCGGGGAAUUUUUACCCCCACGGUCCCUGGACCGAAGCGGGCCCCCGAGAGAGUCCGCCCGGCUUUCCUCCAACACCUUCAGGAACAACGGCGCCUCGCUGGUCCGUGGCGAAGAACGGAGAGCUGCGCAGUGGUUCAAGUCGGUCCAUGCGGUGCUGCGUGUCCUACCUACAAUCUGCCGCCGUUCACUGUGCGCUUCUGCGACCCUCCCGGCCCUCGUCCACAUGGUCCUGCCGGUCCCCUCAGCUGUGUGCAGAUGCCUCUGGCCCUUCGUCUCCACCGUUACAGCUUCUUGGACUUUUUACAAGACCACUGGGGACGAUAUUUCAAAUGCUUGGUAACUACAAUCUGUGGUCCGUCUGAUUGGGGUUCAUGUACUUGAAUUUUGAAUUCAUGUAGCUAAGAAUGGGGGGGGAUGUCAAUUUUUAACACUUGUAAAAUCUCUUAACUGCAUUUUUAAUGUGUUUAAUUUUAAUAAAUUAGCUCAUAAGCAUCUUAAAGCCUCAAGCAAGAUAUUUCUGUAAAAUCAAGCCUGCCCAGGUGUGACAUGAAAGCUCAGUUCUUCGGUCUACUUUCAUGUGUACUCCCAUCCCUGCCCUCCUCAUUUUUUAAACUCUACUUUCUCUUCAGCUAUGUCUUUUACUUGGGAGAAGCAGCUGAACAUUUAAGCCAUAAAUGUACAUUAAAAAAAAACUGCAUGGAUUUCAGGAAACUGCAGAAAACGUCUGGAAGUGGUUUUAGACUAGAGAACCAGGGCAGACUGAUUUAUUGAUUAUUUUGAGUCUAGUCAAAAAAAAUGAUUUGAUUUAAUUGCAUGGUUUUGCAGAACUGCUGCUUCAGGAAAAACAAAAAAAAGCUUGCCAGACAAACCUCUAAUUAGUAAUUUUCCAUUCUUGACUAUAAAUCACUUUGUAUUUUAGAAACUCGGUAUGUUCUUCUCCCAAAAGGUCAUGAAGGUGUACAUAUGGUACUAUAUACAUUUUUAUUGUUGCAGAAACAAGGACUUGAGUAGUUUUUCAGUUUGUAAAGGUUGCUGAGCCCAGGCGUAUUUGGCACCACCAGAGGGAGGACGCGAGGACAAAUUUCAAUCGCUUUGUAAUCGGGAAAGUUAUAGUAUGAGGUCAGACUACCAAGUCAGGUGAUACAAGCAGAAUAUGGCAUUUAUUCAUUCUACGAGGGCAGAUGCACACAAAAACCAAUAAGAUGGAACACAAUUGAAUUAUACCAGUUAUAUUCUCUAAACGUAUGCUUCAGCUUUGCCAUGAAUACUAGCAUCCAUCGUGGCUCGGGUCAUUCCGGGUCAUUCAGUUUAAUUUUAUGUAGACGUUUAUUCUGAGACGAAUGUCUCAGAAUUUAUGUCUAUCAAAAUUGGUUCAUCCACAUCGUGUUUAUGAACACCAAUUUAUCAGCUUAAACCUUCUGUUUGUCAGUUUACAUUGCAUAAAAUAAAAUUGCACCAUUGGAUUUCAUCUUUAAACCAAAUAGACACAUUUAUUGUAUCUAAUAGCAUCCCACUGGUCAUUUCAUCUCACAAAAAAGAAAAAAAAAAAGAUGAGGGUUAUAAAAUUACCUGCAACAAUAUAAUCCAGUUUCCCAUCUCCUCCCUCCCCCUUUUUUUUCCUGGCUCAGGACCCGUUAAGGCUUGAUUGUAAAGGUGAUAAAUAUCUUCAAACCCAAAGUUUGCAUUUCUACUUCAUUGCUUAUUGGAACUGUGCAAGUGUCAUUUUCCAGGCAUUCGAAGGAAAAAAAAAAAUCCCAUGGCUCACAGACACACAGAACAUGUAUGACUUUCUGCUUCAGUAAGCACAACAUGGUGAUUGCGCUACGUAAACUGCCUGCUUUACAGGCCUAAACAUGUCUUCAUACAUUAAAAUCCAGCUUUGCUACAAAACACAGUGGCUAAACACAAAAUAUACAUGUUUUGGUUUGUGAUCAAAGCCGUUACACAGAUUUUUGGUUUGAUAUUUGAAACAGUAACAUUCACUUUAUAAAAUAAAGUACCCUGCAUAAUAAAACAAAAUCACUUAAAAAGGAGAAAAGAGAAAAAAAAUAAGUAAAAAGAAAAGUAACAAAUGGUCCCAGUAAGCAAUGGCAACUGUCAUGGUGGCAGGAGGAGAGCUUCAACUUCAGAUAAGCGACGUUUUCAUCACUUCAUUUAGUUGCAAUUAAAAACAAAAGUCAGUAACAAGAUCUCAGUAAGGCAACAGAAAGGAAAAUAUUAUUGUACCCAUACUAUUACAUAAUGAAGAUCAGUAACAUACAAAAGGAGAGGGGAGAAGGGGGGAAAAAAAAAAAAAAAUUUCUACAAUCCGACUCGCAGUGCUACUCCCAUAUCCUCAGAAGAAAAAGAAGAAAAGUCCGAGAUGGGAAACGGACACAAAACAGAGCUGCAAUUAUGAAGAAGCGAUGACCUAUGGCUUGGAAUGAUUCCAGUCUAUGGUUUACUCCAGCCAUGGAGUAAAGCGCUUUAAAUCAUUAGCUGCCAAGGAAAGUUAUCCAACUAACCUACAAAUCAUUGCACUAAAAGGAGAAAAUGAGCCAGGAAGCUCUUUAAAGUAACCGCUUGGAGUCGACGGCUUGAAAGAGCAGCUCCCACAGAGACCAAUCGGCAACAAAACUUGCUCACAACUUUCUAAACACAAAACCGUAUCCAUAUGAUCACCGAUAUCU